UCUUUUUCUGUUUUGAUUUGAGAGAAUGUCUGUGAAGCUUCUCAUCUUCUCCUCUUUGCUUGAAAUCCAGAUUCAUUCAAUCCACAAAAGAUGGCAUCUUUACAGGAAUUGCUCGCAGAGGAAGGAUUCCAAGGUGGGAAAACUCCAAAGAACCGAAAGCCCGUGAAGUCCAGAGAAAGAAUUACAUCCGAUGACUCCAUAGCCUUACCCACUUACAUCUGCCAUGAUCGAAAAAACUUUGAUUCUUCGAAGCAGACACCACAGAAGAGCCUCGUACGUAAUGCGUCCUCUGUUUCAUCUUCUAAAAGGGUGGAUUCUAACUCAAAGAGAUCCAAUUCUAAGUCGUCAUGCAUGGCUGAAGCUCUUCCGCCACAGAGCGGCGAGACCAUCGUCGAUGAAGUCGCAGUUCGCGCAGUUGUCUCGAUUCUCGGCGGCUAUAUUGGUCGGUUCAUCAAGGAUGAGAGCUUCAGGGAGAGAGUGCGAGAGAAGUGCUAUUCGUGUAUGGAGGGAAGAAGCAAGGAUGGAGAUAAUGCGAUACUCGCAAAUAUGGAAUUGGGUAUUGAAAGCAUUGAGAGAUUGGCAGAGAACCACGGAACGAAGAAGGAACUGAAGAUGAAGUCUCUGAGGAAUUCGAUUCGGCUGCUGAGCAUCGUUGCCUCCUUGAAUUCUCACAACUCCAAGAAUGAUACCACCUGUGGAAUACCCAAUUCGCAUCUUUCAGCUUGUGCACAGCUAUAUCUCUCCAUUGUGUAUAAGCUUGAGAAGAACGACCGAAUAUCUGCGAGGCAUCUACUGCAGGUUUUCUGUGACUCGCCAUUUCUCGCCAGGACCCACUUACUGCCUGACCUUUGGGAGCAUUUCUUUCUUCCCCACUUUCUGCAUCUCAAGAUAUGGUACAGUAAGGAAGAAGAAUUAAUCUUGAACUGGGAAUCUGGUGAGAAAGAGAGAAAGAUGAAAGCUCUGAUCAAGGUCUACAAUGAGAAAAUGGAUAUGGGUACCUCUCAGUUUGCGCUUUACUACAAGGAGUGGCUCAAGGUUGGGGCUAAAGCUCCUCCAAUGCCUUCUGUGUCUUUACCAUCAAGACCCAGCUAUGGAGCUGCAAAAAGGAGAGGAACCUCUCUUGGUUCACAGGCUUCCCUGAAUAAAAGCUUAUAUCGAGCUGUUUUUGGCCGCAUCAAUGAACGUCAAUCACUGGAGCUUGAAAAUGAUACAUGGAGUUUAGAGGAAGAGGUAAAAGUGUGUAAUGAUGAACACAACAUCCAUAGAACCAGAUCUGUUCAUUCGAGUGGAAAGGGGGUUCACAGAAGAUCAAUAAGCCAACAAAGUAGAAACCCAAAAGCAGAGUUGUGGCCCGAGACCCGGAAAUCAGACUAUUUUAGGUUCUUCCCAUGCCGAAGUGAACCAGCAAAGAACUUGGUUCAAGGAGCUCAUGUUUCCAAGAAUGAUUCAAUCAGAAAAGAAUCACCCAGCUAUCUUCCUUCAAAUAGCUUUGGUGCAGCAAUCAAAACCAUUUGCACUUCACAGAGCCUUAGUGACUGUGAGCUUGCAAUCCGUGUGGUUGCGAAAGCUUGGCUUGACUCACAUGCAGAUCCUGUAAUUGAAACCAUGCUCUCAAAAGCACCUGUUCUUGAGGGGAUGCUUGAGGUCUUGUUUACAUCUGAAGAUGAAGAAACUCUAGAGUUAGCAAUCUCAAUUUUAGCAGAACUGGUUUCAAGGGGUGAAGUUAACAGGCAGAUAAUACUAAACUCAGAUCCACAGCUUGAAGUUCUCAUGAGACUUCUUAGGAGUAACAGUCUAUUUCUAAAGGCUUCUGUGCUGCUUUACCUAUUGAAGCCCAAGGCAAAACAGAUGCUAUCAAUUGAAUGGAUCCCAUUAGUCCUCCGGGUGGUGGAAUUUGGGGACGAGUUGCAGACCUUGUUCAGUGUUCAGUGCAGUCCUCAGGUGGCAGCAUUUUAUUUGCUUGACCAACUUCUUACAGGUUUUAACGAGGAUGGCAAUUUGGAAAAUGCCAGACAAGUUGUUGCUCUAGGGGGUCUGAGCUUACUGGUUCGAAGUCUUGAAACAGGAGAUCCCCAGAGUCGGAGUGCUGCUUCCAUCAUAACCUCCUGCAUUCAAGCUGAUGGAAGCUGUAGAAACUACCUAGCAAAUAACAUAAACAAGGCAUCAAUUCUUCAACUCCUGAUCCUGGGCAACCGGAGCAGGUCCAGUGGGAGUAUCCUUUCUUUGCUGAUCGAGUUGCUCUGUCUUAAUAGAAGAACUGAGAUAACCAGUUUCUUAAAUGGUUUGAAGAACAAUGAGGAAAGAUUGAAUACAAUGCACAUAUUGUUGGUUUACCUUCAAUGGGCUCCACCUGAACAGCGCUCAUUGGUUGCAGCCAUUCUAUUACAGCUUGAUCUUCUGGAAGAUUCUUUCCAGUACAGUGUGUAUAGAGAAGAAGCAGUGGAUGCCAUUAUAACAGCUUUGGAUUGUAAGACAUGUAAUGAGAAGGUUCAACAACAGUCAGCAAGGUCUCUCUUACUCCUGGGAGGUCGUUUCUCUUACAUGGGAGAGGCAUCAACAGAAACAUGGCUAUUGAAGCAAGCAGGAUUUGAUGAUAGCACAGAUGAUUCAUUCCAUGGAAAGGAAAUCGUCUAUGAUGAAAUCUUGAUACAGAAUGAAGAGGAAGAAUCAAUACAAAAUUGGCUUAGGAAGGCAGCAACGGUCUUGCUCACUAGUGGCAAAAACAGAUUCUUGGUUGCUCUUUCAGAGUGCAUGGCCAAUGGGAUUCCAUAUUUGGCUCGGGCAAGCCUGAUCACAGUUGCAUGGUUGAGCAGGUCACUCACUUCAAUUCAAGAUUCAAGCCUCCAAUCAACAGCAUGUUCAAUUCUAGUGCCUCGGUUGAUAGAAACUUUAAACUAUGACAGAGCACUUGAGGAGAGGGUGCUUGCUUCCCUGUCAUUGUUGUGCCUCAUUAAGAAUUCAGAAUGUAUCUCCAUGAUCUCACCAUUGAGUAAUGAAAUGAUGGGCCCUCUUCGGAACCUCGCCUUGGUGACAUGGACAGCAGAAGAGCUGCUUUCAAUAGCCACAAGUCAAACCUGUGGCAUCCCAAGCUAGAAGACAUAGCUGGAUAAAGAGAUGCUUACAGACUGUAGGAAAACUGAUCUCUUUGAUGGUGGCCUGUAUUAUGAGAUUAGGCGCGCCAUCCCAUGGUGCAGGAUUGUUUCCAUAACAUGCUCACUGUAAGGAGUUGGUUGUUUCAUCCAUUUUUUGAGAAUAUACAAAAUAUGACUUGGUCAUUGAAGAGAAGUUGAUUCUUAACAGCAGAGAUGUAUAGGAACAUAUAUCUCACAAGUCCUAUAGGAAAGGUAGGAUUGGGUUGCUUUGUCCCCUGCAUGUAUGUAAAGUGAAGGAUCCUUUUAUGAGUGAAAAUAGACUUUGAUUCCUAGAGUGAAAGAAUGAAAGAGCCAUCAAAAUUCUUCUUUUGUUUUUAUGAA